UUCUUUGCUGUUGUAUUUCCUUUGAAACAUUUAAAAUACACACAAUUCCACAGAUGGAAAAUAAUUUUGGUAAUACUCACAUUUUCAUUUUUGGCAAAUUUCAACCUUUUACUGGUUAUUCGAGAAAGAAAUCCUGCUUACGUAAACAAAAAUAAUCCUUAUAAAUAUUAUUAUAACAACAAUUUACCUUUAGCUAAGCCAUUAGUUCUUGGCCCAAGAAUUUUUAUAAGCUUUAUUUUACCAUUAUUUGCCGUAUUCUUAGUCAAUUUUGCAAUUAUUUUUAAACUACGUGCUCGACAUAUUAUUCAAAACAAGACAGCAAUGUCAGCAGAAACACGUACCAACAACAAUAUCAUUUUCGUUAUUCCCCUAGUUUAUGUCCUUUUAAAUUUUCCUUAUAAUUUAAACAUUACUGUUAUCAACUUUUUUCAUUUACACAAGUUUGAUUGUUGGAUACCCAAUUUAACUUUUCUCAAUAUUUUUUACAUUAAUUAUGCAACUAAUUUUAUGUUGUAUACGAUAACGAGCUCCCAAUAUAGAGAAGUGUUUGUUCAAUUGUGGUUUGUACAUUUUGUAAAUUUAGUUUACAAUUGGUUUGUACAUUUGUACAAUUGUAUAAUACAUCGACAUUCCAACCCACAUAUUAAUAAUCAAUUUAAUAAUAUUAAAAAUGAGGAUAUAAGUGUUGGGACGAAAAAUUCAAAAUUGACAAUUGAUUGA